AUGAAUAAAUAUUUUGAGUUUUCUAAAUCAAAAGAUGAAUCGAGAUUAUCAAUAGACUCAUAGGAACUGCUUCGAUAAGUUGAAAAUAAAAUAAAUCAAGCAUAAUCCCCAACCUUUAUUUCUCCUUAAAAAUAAUAAAUAAAUUAUCCUGAUCAUUUUGAUUAAAAAGAGCAAAUGGAUUAUUUAUCCUUCAAAGAAUAAACUAUUGUAAAGAGACUGUUUAAUUUGAGGGAUGACUAUAAAUUAUUCUUAAAGAAUGUGCAAUCUUAUUAAGAUGAAUUAAUUUAAUCUAUUAGGGAAGUUAUUAAAAAAGUUAUAGACAAAGGAAAUCGACAUUUAUAAGACCAUGAAUAUGAACUAAGACUACAAUUAUAAGAAAUUUAAAAAAACAAGGAGCUCAUUAAUUCAUAUUCUAACUGUCAAAUUAUAUAAUCACCUUUAAAAUAAAAAUAAAAUUUUUUUUCAGAAAUCUUAAAUAAAAUAUCUGAAUUAAACUUACAUAUAAUUGAAUUUUUUGAUCAAGAAAAUUCAAUUUAAACAAACAGAUAUUAGAAGAAAUUAAAUUUUUCUAAUUAUAAAGAAUAGAGUUCUAAAAAGAAAUUCAAAUAGUCUUCUAGUCCAUUCAAAGAAAUAGAUCGAGUUUUAUAAAUGAAAACUUCAUCAAGUAAAACUUAAUUUUAAAGCAACAAAAAACCAUAAGAUUUAAAUUAGUUCAUUGAAGUACUUAAACUUAAAAUAAACAAUACUAAAAACAAUAAUUUAUUAUCGAGUAGACCAAAUUUAACAAGCAAUUUUUUAUAAAGUAAAUAAAACACUAACUCAAAAAGGUUAUCUAUUGAACAAUAACUCUAAUCUUAAUACAAAAUAUUUUUUUAAUCUGUUUUUUGA